AUGGCGCCCAAGGCCAAAGCAAAGCCAAAAACAAAGGCCGCCGCCACGGCUAAGGCACUACUGGCACCAGACGACAAGGCUGCCGAGGCAACUGGCGGAAUGGCUCCAGUUCAGGAGGCCAAGGCUUUGGAAAUGGUGCAGGAGGUGAACCGCGAACACCUUCAGAAGCUGGAGGAUUCCAUCCAGACGAUUCUGAGCCAUCCUCUCUUCAGCAACAUCAUGCACGAGAGCCCGCUCAAGAUCGACAAGACAGCUGGUGCCAGUGAAGCCGGCAUGCAGGCGACUGGUCCAGAGAAGCUUCGGGAGGAGGUGGUCAUUGCACUUGAGCAAGGUGUUGGGGUGGAUCAAUUCCAGCGGCAGCAGGUGCAGGGCAGGCAAUGGAAGCAAGUGCUACUUAGUGUGUCCAUGCGCGUGGAGCUUGUGGAUAGCUAUGAGGCCAUGUUUUGGAAGGGCAUCAACUUGAGGCAACGCUACAUCAGCACCUAUGACAGUUUGACAAGGUCAACCAUCCAGUCAGUGCUAGAGCUUGUGAAGUUCCGUGAUGAGCUCUUACCUGCUGGAUCAAGGAAGGAAAUCGCUGAUCAUUGGCAAAUGAAGGUAGCAGACCUUGGAAGCGCCCUUGUCGACAAGAUGGACUUCGCCUUCGUUGACACCGCCCUCAAAGUGCACGACAGGAUGCUAUGCUACCCAGCUGUCUUCAAGGCAAUCAUGGAGAUGGACAUGGCCUUUGGAAAAGCGUCCUGUCUCAAUUACCUCAGGGUUCUUGAGCUCAUUUGCAUGAAGGGCAAGGAGGCUGAGCAGCUUUGGAUGAUCCAGUCCAUCAGGGACUACAUCUUUGUAUUGAAGGAGUACACGAACAAGGACCUCUCCACGAGAGCUCUGCGAGGUUCACCCAACAACCGCGGGCUGCUUGAUGUUUUCCUAGCCAAACGGAAGAUGGUGCUUUGGCUUCUUGAGCACUUACAGUCUAAGAAUUGCCCAUGUGAUUGGAUCGAUACCCUCCGGAGUCUCAUUACCCAUGCAGCUUUUCGUGAAAAGGUUGGCUCAGGCUCUGGUUCUCGCAAUGCAGAUCAGCCUGACAAAUCGUGGCUGGGAACAGAACAUGAAGUUGUUCGAUUAGCUGUGGACAUCAUGAAGAAAGCGAUCUUCAGCGCCCAGCACGAUCACACCCUCAAGAACAUCUUGAAAGGAUCCUCAGCGCCUCCGGACAUCUUUGCCAAGGAGCCCUACAAUGAGAUGCUCAAGGGGGUUGAUGACGCACUUGAUGCUGUAAACCACAAGUUGAAGAGGAAGGACGAAGAAGUCCAAGAGGCGAAAAUUCGUGAUGAUGACCUAGUUGCCUUCUUGCCAGAGGGGGUGGAGCAAUGCCCUGAGGACCUUGAGCACGCCUUUCAGGCUGAAAUUCAAGAGGCAGCAGAGCUGGUUGACCGAUUUGUGAAGUGGAUCCCUGAAUGUGAGAGCAAAGCCGAGCUUACACAGGCACUUGCAGACACAGCUGUUGCCAAGAAGCAGCCUGAGGGCACAACAGCACUCAUAGUGCUGGACACGAAGACCUGUGGAGAAUCGUCUUCACAACCGCACUUGAGGCUUCCUCAAUUUCGAGCUCCAGGUCUCAGGAACGCAGUGCAAUCAUUCUGCACAGCUCGAAACAAAGAGCAGUUUGAUGAAGAUGAGAUGUGUGCAGUUCUUGAUGGCUCCCGAAUGAUUUCAACCUCAAUUAUGACAUGCUUUGUCCGCGAUGAUGGGUGCCACUUCGAAGGGAAGACCAGGACAGAAUUCGUGAUACAUUACGAUGAAAAAAGCAUGCGAGCACGAAAGAUGGUGAGCCGUGGGCUUGCGCAGGUGCACGAAGGGUUGCACGUGUUCAGCAAUGGAGCAUUGUCAUUGCCAGAGGCACGUACAAGACUCUACGGGGGCUCCAAUUAUUCGACAUCCAUUGGACCAGUCAUCAUGGACAGCUUUGAAAAUCUAUGGUUGGUAUCACCUGAAAAGAAAAAGGAAUAUGAGGCGGGAAAAGCGAAAGUGCUCGCUGGCGGCGGCCUUGCAGGUGAUCCGCCAAAAAAACCGGAAUUGUCCGGUGAGCCGAUGUCAUUUCACACCAUGCCUUUGAAAUUCUACAAGGAGCUCAUUCACUCCUUCUGUGCUGGAGUGGUCUUCUUCCUUUCCGAUACUGACGGGGUUGGAGCCCUGGCUGCCAUUCUUGCAAAAGUUCCCUGUGUGGCUUUGGUGUACAGCGCCUCGCAUGGAGCUGCUUUGCGGCUGAAGCUGAUGGAGCAUGUGUUCAAGGAGUUCCAAACACAAAGCUCGCCACUUCACCGGGUGGCCCUGACACUUGAAUCCAACAAGGGUUUUCCGUCUCAAGAGUUCAAUGUGCUAUCGCGGUGCUGUGCAAGCGCCAGUGUUUUGAACAAUUAA